GGCACGGGGCCGAACUGGGGGGGUUUCGCCUGACGAUCACGGGGUGGGGGCGGCAUCGGGGACUUAAAGAUUUGGCGCCGUGCUUGAGUGUGGGGCCUUUGAUUGGAUUUGGGUCACAAUUGGGCUUCAAGGGCCGUCAUUUAGUUCAGGAUUAAGGGUGGUGGCUGAGGUGAGUGUCACCCGCGCUGAUCAUCUCGCUCAAAGGGGCAAAGGAAAGCGCUGCACAAGUCAGUUGUGUGCAAUUAAAGCAGAAAAUGCUGGGAAGCACUCAGCAAGUCAGUCAGCAUCUGUGGAGAGAGAAGCAGCGUUAACGUGUCAGAUCCAUCGUCAGUUCUGCUGCCACAUCUACUGAGUAUUUCCUGCAUUUACUCAAUUUAUUUCACUCACUGUGUUGAAAGGAGACCGUUUUCUGGACAUCAGCCCGUACCUUGGUCGUUCUUGAUUAAAGUAGGUGUUGGUAAGAAAUGGUGGUAUGAUUCCAGUGAAUUCCAAUCAGAAAAUGGCCCCAGGAAAGAGCAUCAAGUACUUGGAGCUGGUGCUGUCAUGUGAAUGGUCAGAUUGCACCUUUAUUGGGAAGACAAUGGAGGAAUUCUGUGAUCAUAUUGCUGCACACCUAAAAGAGCAUCUUAAUGAGUAUGAUAGUUUUGGAGAAUUAGAUGAGUUCCAGUGCCUUUGGCGAGGCUGUGGUUUCCUGGCAGUGGAAGGGCCCAAUGAACUGGUGGUACAUGUCAACUUUCACAGCUAUCACGCCAAGCUGAAAUACUUUGGUUCAGAGCUGCAACGACUACGUCCUGAUUUGCCAGUGUGCUCCCUGGAUAGUCAGAACCAAAAUCUGAUCCCAGAGAUUGCAGAGACUUUCAUUUGCCAGUGGGAGCAUUGUGAUAGUACAUUUGACAAUCCAGAAUGGUUUUACCGGCAUGUAGAUAUGCAUGGACAGUGCACGGAUAAAGAAAUUCUUCCUAACAAAGGUGAAGCCAUUUCAUGCUGCUGGAAAGGUUGUGGUGCUACAUUUAAAAUCAAGUUUAAACUUCGGGAGCAUUUGCGGAGUCACACACAGGAGAAGGUUGCCUCCUGUCCCAACUGCGGAGGGAUGUUUUCCAAUAAUACUAAGUUUUAUGACCAUGUUCGCCGGCAGACCUCAAAUGAGCAGAAGACAUUUCCCUGUCAGCACUGUGACAAGCAGUUCGCAAAUGAAAGACUGCUACGGGACCACGUGCGGAAUCAUGUGAACCAGUUUAAAUGCCCACUCUGUGAUAUGACCUGCACUACUUUCUCCUCAUUAAGGACCCAUAUCAAAUUCCGCCACUGUGAUGAGAGGCCAUAUGGGUGUGACUUCUGUGAAAACAGUUUUAAGAAUUUGUAUGACCUAAGGAAGCACAUUGAAACACAUAAUGAUGAGCCCACAUACCACUGCAGCUCUGAUGGGUGUAAUUUUAGUGCUCGCAGUGUGCAAACACUUAAACAGCACUAUAGAAGAAUACAUGAGGGGGAAACAAAGCCUCGAUACAAGUGCCACAUCUGUGGCAAAUGUUUUUCUUGGGCCUACACUCUAACAAUGCACCUCCGCAAGAUGCACCAGCUGAAGUGGCCUUCUGGGCAUGCACGAUUCAGAUACAAAGAGCAUGCAGAUGGAUACCUGCAGCUGCAUUUGGUCCGCUAUGAAACAGUUGAGCUGACACAGCAAAUCAUCAAGGACCUAGAGAAGAGACGUGGGCGCCGAAGGAAAGCAAUAGACGCAUGUCUCCCAGCACUGGACUCCUGCCAUAAAAUUCUCUCCAGGAAACCUCCAGCUGGAAGAGCAGCAAGAGAGGAUGACUACUUUGCCUCAGCUCCCCAACUAAGAUGUGCCAGGCAGCAGGAAACCAACCCGCCAGCUAAGCCCAUGCCGAAAGCCUUGCUGCCAAAAUGCAGUGACUCCUCACAAGCCCCAAAAGCGGGUGAGAUAGAUGCAGGAGUUUCUGGAAGACCCUCCUCUGUCCAGUGUGUCCUUAGAAAUGUAGUCCAGAUAGCACCAAAGCCUGCUGCUGUCCUUGAGAGAAAUGACGACAAUUCCUCCCUAGACCCUGUGGAAACACUGGAGAAAGUAGCACGAGGGCUUGGGAUUCAGAUUAUCGGGUAGUCAUGGUUUCUGGUGGUGAAGCUCUGUAAAGCUUUGGUCACCAAGUUCUUUCAGAAGUAGUUGCCUGAAGAGAGUGUGAGCAGGUGGAGUUGUAUUUAAUUGGGAUCCUGCUGACUCUACACCAUCAGGAAUGUGUGGCUGCUGUUUGCUGUGUCAGGUGCUUUAGAGAAACAUCAACUUAUUUUUUCCUUCUGUCUCAAAGUGCUGCAGUUUGUCCUAUGAGCUUGGGAGAAUGGGCUGCAGUCCUUUGUCUUCACUGUAAGCAUGUGAGGCUUAGACCAAUGAAAGGAGAGGAGGGAAGGCCAAAUGCAAGUAGUUGUAAGAUUGGGUGGGGAGUGAAAAUACAUAGUUAGAAAAGAUAAGGAGUCGAUGAUGAAGAUACUGCCUGAGAGCUUUUUUUCUCUCCGUUUCCUUUCCUGAAUUACACAAAAUUUUGGGAUAGGUGUUACACUGGGUGUUGGGGAAGAUUUUGGGGGGCAAAGCCAUCUCCUGUCAAUACCUGCUGCAAGCACUGACAUAUGUAGGUUCAUUUAUUUCCCACAUAUACAUGAUGUUUUAUAAACCAGCAAAAUAAAUUUUGUCCUUUGAAAAGGGCAAAUUGCUGUUUAACUGUAGAUCGUUGUCUCUGCUGUUCUUGUUGGGAAGAGACUUGAUCUUUAAUUACAUUGACACCAAGGGGAUGAUAUAAGUGGUUCAGGUGAUGAGAGCCCUUCCGUCCAGAUAAACAUCUGGGGAUAGUUGUUCCAAGGAAGAGUUGCUGACCUGAAAUGUUGACUGGUUUUUCUUUCCACGGAUGGUGCUUGAUUGGCUGACUGCCAGCAUUUUCGUUUUUGUUUCAGAUUCCAGUAUCUUCAGCCCACAUUUAGUUGUGGAGAAAUAUUCUUGGAUAUUAAAAGUUAAUGGAUACUGGCCCAAAGAAAGCCAGGAGAAGCCAGCCUUAAUGUUACAGUAUCUAGCUUUUUCAUUUUUGAAAAGUCCAUUGCCUUGGUUCUGGCAACAGCCAUUCUUCUGAGCAAUCAAUUACAGCUGUUUAAAAUCAAAACAAAUCUGCAGAUGCUAGAAAUCUAAAAUGAAAACAGUAUGUUAUAAAUAUUCAGCAGGUCCAGCCACAUCUCUGGGAAGGGAUACAGAGUUAACCUUUCAGAUCCAAGACCUGACAAAGGGACUUCGACCUGAAAUGUUAACUCUGUUUCUCUUCCCACAGAUGUGGCCCAGACUGCUGAAUAUUUCCAGCAUUUUCGAUUACACCUGCUGCUUCCUCUAUGCAGAGAAAUACUUUUAGGUGUCCAUUUACAAUUGCCCUUCAACCCAGAACCUUUGUCUUUCUUCUUUAUUAAAUCUUUUUGUUUCAGGAUUACUUUAUUCUGCUUAACUGUUUUGUAUUGAAAACAGAAUGCUGGAAACACUCAACAGGUCAGAAAGCAUCUGUGGAAAGAGACAGUUGAUGUUUCCUGUCCAGGAUCCUUCAUGUGAAGGUGUUUUGUAUCUCCAGAAAGUUUCUCUCCACAUGCAACUGCAGAGCCAGAGAGAACAGUGAAACUAUUACUAUGGUUCAGUGAUCUCUCCCCUUUCUUUCUCUCUCUCUCUCUCUCUCUCUCUCUCUCUCUCUUAUUUCAAUCCAGAAGGCACAGCACAAACAUGACUCUUGAUAUUGGCAUAAAGGCCUUCUAAGACUCCCAUGCAAAGGCUGAAUGUGUAGACUGCCAAAUGGACUGAGUUAGACCUCUAAAUUGUUCUAUCCUCUGGAGGAAGCCAGCCUUAGAGAACUGUCUCAGUGGUGAGUGGGCAAUGUCGCCUUGUGUGUAUUUUAAUGGAAUUUUUAGGAAUAUUCUGUGAUGGGCUCCACCUGCUCUAGUGAGGAGCAUAACUCAAACUGUUUAUAGUUAUACAAUCAAUGAAUGAAUCCAGUGGGAGUCCUUGGGUUUAUAAAGCCCUUUGUUUUUUAGCACAAUUCAGAUUUGCUGUAAGGUCUUAAAACUGGGACCGAUAAGCAAUCCAAACUGUCGAGCAGCAGUUAAUUGCUUUGCAUUGUUACAUUUUGCAUUGCAGCACAGAACAAAAUACCAUUGAUAGAGACAAUUUGCCAGCAGUGCAGUUUUAUUGAUGAAAAAUUGCCAUUCUGGCCCUGUCUGGCUUGUAUAGACUUCCUUUCCAUGCCAGUGUAGUUGACUCAAAUGCUUGGUCAAGUUGCCAUGUUGCUCGGAGCAACUGAGUUGGGUAAUAACGGCCAGUCGUGCUGGUUAUACCCAUGUGCCUAGUGUGGAAAUGAAUGAGGAACCGUGCAGUCUCAUCCCAUUGUGAUACUAUGAUAACUGAGAAAACAAACUCUAUUCAGUCUCAAAGAACAGUAUGACCCUGGUCAAUUCAUCCUGACCUACUGUAGGCUCUGUAGUGUUGAUAUGACUGUAGCUUUACUUGUUUUUAAGUCUUUGCCAAGGUACAAAGAUAAGGCAAGGGAUUAGUUACUUCAGGGCUGGGCCCAAAUCUUCCUAUCAAAAUUGUCUUACAGAACCAAUAACUUUGCAAAAUCAGCAAGUUGAAGCAAUUGUGUGUAUUUCUCCCAUGCGUGUCGUCUUGGUAAAGCAGCAGAAUCCUUUUUUAAACAACACAUCAUCUUCUUGCAUGCUGCCAGUGGUGUGGUUUUGAGCAUCAGGGCAGCUCUUGUUACCAAGGGAGGCUGUUGCCAGGUUCUAAAAAUCCAACAGGUGACUGGGACAGGAAGUGGGAUCCCAGCCUUUUUAAAACUUUGCUUAGCAACACUGCCAUGUCUUCGGAUGCUGAUGGCAGAGUGGGGUACAAUUGACUUGGGAAAGAACAGAGUUCUAUUUUAGCAUUGGUCAUUUUGAUGUUUUGGUUUAGAUUUGAAAAAUUUAUGGAUAACUUGCUGAGGAGUAAAAGCUAUCUGGUUUUUAACUGGACAAAAUGGCAGAGCCAUUUCCAACGUUAUCAUCUGACACAUGGGUCCAGUUUACAGCUUCCAUUCCUCACUGCUGCCUUGCAUUAACUUCCGUAUGUAAAGAGUCAAAGGUAAUGAAUAAGUGAGAUUUUCCAUCAAAUGGAACAUUUCAUGAACUGUGAAAUGAAUUUGAGCAUUUAUGUUUUAACUUGACGUCCUGUCAAAUGAAUAAUUCCUAAACUGAUGUUGCCAGGAUUGUGGUAUACUAUUCACAGUGGUAGUUUAUUUUAUUUUAGAUUUCCACCUUAUGCAGUUUUUUUAUCCUUACUAGUUUAAAAUCUCUGUGCUCUUUAACUGUGGAAAACACCCAGUAUUUUAAAUGAAUUUGAUGUUGUAAACGGUGUGUGUAAUGACAAUAUGAUGUUGCUGAUAUUGUAAAGGCUCGCACUAUUAAUUAGUAUGGUGGGAACAAUUAAAAAUGUUUAAAGUACAGUUGAAAACCAUUUAAGGUAUACUGGUUUCAUUAGGAUUUUGUUGCUAUGUUUUGCACUGGGCUCAGCCAGGCUGGUGGUGUUAAUGUUGUAAACAUGAUUCACCUCAAACUGACUGAAGUGGGAGUGUAUUUUUAUGAGCCCACGCUCCUAGCUGGGAGCUUCACCUACAAAGAGCAUCAUCGCACUCAGCCCAGCGAGUGCAGACUUGUUAAUGUUUGUGUAUGCAAUAGCUGUUCA